GCGAGUGUACGGUGGUGCACGAGCGCUUCGCGCAAACGGUUCUCUACGGACUGUUUUCGUUCUGUCGUUUCGUUCGAUCGUGCCUUAUCCAUUUGCCGCGGCGAUUUGAACCAGGCAAAGACACUGGCAGAAAAGUCUGUGCGAAAGGAGAGACGGUGAAAUACGAGCCGCCGGUUCGAAGGAGGAGACGUCCGAGGAGCUCGCGAGUGAGAAACAGUGGAAUAUAGCGUAAGGCAGGAGGGUGUUUCUCCACCAGCCCACGAAUAAAAGGGCAAGAGAAAUGGGCCGGUCCGUACUUACGUGAUAGGAGGUGCAUGAGCGCGCGCGCGCUCGCACUCGCUCGCGUGUGUAUGUGCGUGCGUGUGUCAUCGCUGUGCGAGUGUGUAGGUGAGGAAGGAGGGUGAGCAAGGGGUGAGAAUAGUUUCCCUAUAUUUCCGAAAGUGAUCGGGGUUCGUUCGUUAUCGGCAAGCUUUGCCUAGGAGCCGCGCGACGUCGCAGCCCAAGAUGACAGCCAAGUAUGUUUUCAUGACGCUGAUCAACGCGGCCCUCCUCUUGACGAUACUCUCGGAAUCAACCGGGGCCUCUUGCAAGUGGUUGUCCGAGGGUGGCAACGACACGCGUUCCGCCGACUGCACCCUUAGGGUGUUGGAUCCUGGCACCAUCACCAACCUCGUAUCGUCGUUGGACGGCGCCUUCAAGCUACGCAUCCGUUGCAGCGACGUCCAUCAUUUCGAGAGCAGCUUCAACGCGCAAAGCUGGCAACGUCUGACCAGCUUACACGACCUCCACGUGCACGGGUGCAAGGUGCUACGUAUCCCGAAGGGCGCGUUCCAACCGUUGCUCGAACUGAAGAAACUGACAGUGCAAACGUUCAACGCCGUAUGGGGUGCAGGUCGUUAUCUCGAACUAGCUCCGGACUCUCUGCUAGGGCUACGAGAACUGCACACGCUAGAGUUGGUCGAGAGUAACGUGCAGGCGCUUCCGGUAGGUCUGCUCUGCGGACUGGAUAAUUUACAAACGCUGAAUCUGACCGGCAACCGUUUGCGCGACGUGAACGAGAUAGGGUUGAAUCGGAGGGACAUCUUGCCCGAAGGGAAAGAGGAGCCUUGUCGGGCGGACAUUCGCAUUUUGGACCUGUCGCGAAACGACUUGAAUCGCCUGCCCGAGAACAGCCCGCUGCUAGGUCUGCGCCAGCUACAAGAACUGCACCUGCAGCGAAACGCGAUUGUCGAAAUAGCUGGUGAUGCGCUCACCGGGCUGACCGUGCUGCGUACCUUUAAUGCCAGUUACAAUUCUCUGGAUUCGUUGCCCGAAGGGCUGUUCGCCAGUACGAGGGACUUGCGAGAGAUACACCUGGCGUACAACGGCCUCCGCGACUUGCCUAAGGGUAUAUUCACCCGUUUGGAGCAGCUGCUGGUCCUCAAUCUGGCGGGCAAUCGGUUGGGCAGCGAUCGAGUCGACGAGACCACGUUCCUCGGCCUGAUUCGACUGAUCGUGCUCGAUUUGUCCUACAAUCUAUUGACGCAUAUCGACGCACACAUGUUCAAGGAUCUGUUCUUCCUGCAAAUUCUCGAUUUGCGGAACAACUCGAUAGAUCGGAUCGAGAGCAACGCCUUUCUGCCCCUGUACAAUCUGCACACCCUCGAGCUGUCCGACAACAAGCUGCACACCGUGGGAGCGCAACUUUUCAACGGCCUGUUCGUGCUGAAUCGGCUCACGUUGUCCGGCAACUCUAUCGCGAGCAUCGACCCGUUGGCGUUUCGCAACUGUUCCGAUUUGAAGGAACUGGAUUUGAGCGGUAACGAGCUUACGGCCGUGCCCGACGCGCUGCGCGACCUAGCUCUCUUGAAAACCCUCGACCUAGGCGAGAACCGGAUCAGCAGUUUUUACAAUGGCUCGUUCCGCAAUCUCGAUCAGCUUACCGGAUUGCGACUGAUCGGCAACGAUAUCGGAAAUCUGUCGCGCGGAAUGCUCUGGGAUCUGCCCAAUCUGCAGAUUCUCAAUUUAGCCAGGAACAAGGUGCAGCACGUCGAGAGGUACGCGUUCGAACGAAACGAACGGCUCGAGGCGAUACGCCUGGACGGUAACUUCCUGUCUGACAUCAACGGCGUCUUUACCAGCAUCGCCAGUUUGCUGUUGCUGAAUCUGUCGGAGAAUCACAUUGAAUGGUUCGAUUACGCCUUUAUUCCUGGCAACCUCAAGUGGCUGGACAUACACGGCAAUUUCAUCGAGAGCCUAGGCAACUACUACGAGAUCCGCGAUACGAAGGUGAAGACGUUAGACGCCAGUCACAACCGUAUCACCGAGUUGACCCCUCUGUCCGUGCCCGACAGCGUCGAGCUACUCUUCAUAAACAAUAACUAUAUCAGCGUCGUUCGACCCAACACCUUCACGGACAAGGUGAACCUAACCAGGGUCGAUAUGUACGCGAACAUGAUCGAGACGAUGGAACUCACAUCGUUGCUUCUCACCAAAGUUCCCGAGGACAAACCUCUGCCGGAGUUCUACAUCGGCGGCAACCCGUUCAACUGCAACUGUUCCAUGGAUUGGCUGCCGUCGAUCAACAAUCAAACGUCUACCGGGGAAUAUCCGCGCAUCAUGGAUCUGGAUAACGUAAUGUGCCGUACAUCCGGCCCACGUGGCGUCGCUAUCGUGCCCGCGUCCACGGCGCGGGCCGAGCAGUUCCUUUGUCGCUACGAGGCCCAUUGUUUCGCCCUAUGCCACUGCUGUGAUUUCGAUGCAUGUGACUGUGAAAUGACCUGCCCGGCCGGCUGCAAGUGCUACAACGAUCGCACGUGGAAGACGAACGCCGUGGAUUGUUCCGGUCUCGGCGUGGACGAGAUACCUCGUCGAAUACCGAUGGACGCGACCGAGGUCUAUCUAGACGGUAACGUGUUACGCGAGUUGCAAAAUCACGUGUUCAUCGGGCGCAAGAAUAUGCGGGUGCUUUACGUAAACGCGAGCGGCAUCGAAUCGAUACAGAAUCGCACGUUCAACGGUCUGAACAACCUGCAAAUUCUUCACCUCGAGGACAAUCGUAUACGCGAGCUGAAAGGCUUCGAGUUCGAGCGUCUGUCGCAUCUGCGCGAGCUGUAUCUUCAGAACAAUCUGAUCGGCUUUAUCAGUAACUUAACCUUCUUGCCGUUGCACUCGCUCGAGAUCUUAAGACUAAGCGGUAAUCGUUUGGUGACCUUCCCCGUGUGGCAGGUCACCCUGAACGCUAGGCUCGUCGAACUGUCUCUUGGUAGUAAUCCGUGGUCCUGUCGUUGCAAGUUCCUGCAGGAACUGUCCUCGUGGGUGUCGGACAACGCGCACAAAGUGGUGGACGCUAGCGACGUUUGGUGUUAUUACGGCGGGGACGCGAGGCCCGCUUAUCGUCGUCGAUUAAACGUCAACGAGACGGUCUGUUCCGAUUACUUUUCUCAGGGUGGCGUCAUCGAAAGUAUCAUGAUUUCCGAUUACCUGCCUCUAGUAGCCGCCACGUUGUCCGCGGUGUUGGUACUCUUAGUGAUCAUAGUUCUAGCGUUCAUAUUCCGCGAGCCGGUCGGUGCCUGGGCGUACUCCAAAUACGGCUUACGAUUUUUGCGCGCGAAGCCGGGAAAAUCGACCGGUGGAACCGCGGCCAUGCCAUCCGCGGCGCCGAUGAGCACCUGCUGCGACGCUGACCGCGAACGCUUGUACGACUGUUACGUCUGCUACAGCCCCAACGACGAGGACUUCGUGCUUCACUCGUUGGCCGUGGAACUCGAACACGGAACCGCGGGUCUUAGACUUUGCUUGCAUCACCGUGACUUGCCCUGCGUGCUUCGAGCUUCCGCCCCGGCACCGGUCGUCCUGGAGGCGGUCGACGCUUCCCGCCGCGUGCUCAUCAUCUUGACCCGUAACUUCUUGCAAACCGAGUGGUCUCGUUUCGAGUUUAGGGCAGCGUUGCACGAGGCGCUCCGCGGUCGAGCCGCUCAAUUAGUAGUCGUGCAAGCGGGACACGCGUGCCCCGAAGUGGAACGUGAUCCAGAACUACGACCGUACCUUCGUACCGCGGCGGCGAUACUCACGUGGGGCGAGAAGAGGUUCUGGGAACGUCUCAGAUACGCGAUACCGCCGGCCAACGUGGGCGACAUAUCCGUAGAGAGUAAAUCGUCACCGCUCGUCUACAAACGCAACAUCAACACGUACACGCUGGACGGCGUCGGCAGCGAGAAGACCAGCAUGUCCACGUUACGGGCGCAGGAAAGGCAACGUUCUCUGUUCAAAGACUCGUCACCGACGACCGCGCUGAUGCUGCAGCACGCACCACCGCCCGCUUAUUCCUGUGGCACUGUGUCCGUGCCGCAACAACAACCGCCACCUUCGUCGCCGCAGCCCAGGCUGACCGUCAAUCACGCCUACCGGGAUGCGGUCACCGUACCAGGUAGCAAUCUCAUCGCCACCAACACGACGGUCAGCAGCGGCAGCAGCGAGGAUCACAGGAGACCCCUGUCCGAGCACAUAUACUCCUCCAUCGACUCCGAUUAUUCGACGCUCGAAAGGACCGCCUGGAGACAACAACAACCACCGCCUCCACCUCCGCCGCCAUCCUCCGGACAGGCCUAUCUCGUCUAGCUUCGCGAUCAUUGACGAUUCUUUUGUGAUACGUUCUCAGAAGGAAGAAGCUUGUUCUUGCUUUUUGUGUUCACACGACGCACAAGGGGACGCGUGCCGCUUUGUACUUUAUAGUCGAGGGCAACUGUGCCUGCGAGAGCACGCUGUUUGGAUGAACCAAACAUUGCCAUUCGCGGAUACGGGCAUGGAUACAAAAUCGGUGAAAACGGUACGCUGAGAUUGAUAUAAAAACUUGUGACUUUUUCUCUUGAAACGUUUCUAAAUUUCAGAACCUGAGAACUUGGAAAUUUGUA